AUGGGUGACAGCCACUACCUCUUCAUCCAUUGGUCGUGGAGCAACAGUAGCGGUCUGGGCGUGGCUGGGCGCCUUGGCCCCAUGACGACGGCAGAGCGCGCCAAGCCAUGCGCAUGCGCCCGAUGCCGAGCCGGACCUCGAGGCUCCCGGAAGUUCCCAGAGCCGGAAGCUGCCUGUGGCUCAGCUUCUCUAGCUGCUGCCCGGGGUGUGCAGCUCAAGGCUUUCGGCCUUGUGUACCCGGCAGAGUUGGGUGGGACGUCCGAGGAGGCCUCCUGGACCGGGGUUGAAGCUGUGCAGGAAAGCGAGUCCUUGGCAGAGAGGGAGGCGGGGGCGACCGGGCGGGAGGUGGCGCUAGUUUUGUUUGAGGCAGUGGAGGUGGUGGAGUCGCUGGAGGCCCUUCAGUUAGAGAUGGAGCCCGUGAACAACCAAGCCAGGACGGCCUUUGCUUGUUUGAGGCAGAACCUGGUGCAGAGACGUAGGACUCUUCUCGGUCACCGAAGGUCCAUCAUCCAGGGCAUCCCUGGCUUCUGGGCCAAAGCCAUUGUGAACCACCCCGAGAUGUUGGCCAUGAUCAGCGAUGAAGAUGAAGACUUGCUUAGCUACAUGAUCGACUUGGAGGUGGAGGAAAUCAGGCAUCCCAUUCACUGCUGCAAGAUCAUGAUGUUCUUUCGGGACAACCCGUACUUCCGGAAUAAAGUGAUUAUUAAGGAAUAUCUCAUUAAUGUCACCGGAUAUAGGGCAUCUCAUUCCACUCCAGUUCAGUGGUAUCAGGAUUAUGAACAUGAGGCUUAUAGCCGCAGGCACCACAACAGCAGUGUUAACUUCUUCUUCAACUGGUUUUCUGACCACAACUUUGCAGGAUCUAACAGGAUCGCUGAGAUCAUCUGUGAAGACCUAUGGCUCAAUCCCCUGCGGUACCACAUGAGGAUGCAGGUGCCUGGACAGGGAACCGAGAUGGCAGAUUGUGAGCAAUGCCAGAACAUCUUCAUCGACAGCUGA